CAUUGAUCAUCAAGGUUAUUUUUGGUUAAUUGUUUGUGGUGGAAUUUGUUUUUUUUCCCUUUUUCGGCUUUUAAGGAUCUGAGUUUUAACAAGAUGAUUGAUUUCACUAUUGGGAAUUUGAGAUCAAGAAAUAGAAAGGAUCUGUUACGAUCUGUCACAAUUAGGGACGGUUUAGGGUUCUACGUCCAUCUUUUAGAAACAAUUGAAGCAUACAAGGGUUUUCAGAUCACAUUGGUUGAGGACUUUUAAUCGUCUCUCUAAGAAAUGGUUCUGGACGGAAUUGUAUCAUCUCCCCUUCGAAGGUCAGCAUCAACGAGGAGGCAAUCCUCGAGAGAUGAAUUCGGUAGCUGGUCGACACUUGUUGAGAGGCAUAGGUUCCUCUUAACAGCAUUGGGACUGUUAGCAUUCCUCUGUACUAUCUACCUUUAUUUUGCCGUUACUUUAGGGGCCACGGAUACAUGUUCUGGGUUGAAAGGAACAGAGAAAGCAACAUGUAAUCUGCAGCAUGUAAGCUCCACUGUCUCCCAUGGGAAACUCAAAUUCCUGUGACAUUCUUCAUGCUAUGUAUUUUACAAGUUGCUUUUAUUAAUUAAACUUAUAAUCUGAGCAUCUUAAUAUAUAUACUUAAAGCAUCGUAAAUUGCAGCAGAAAAA